AUGAAGACUCUCGCUGCACGCCACCCCGUAACAUUACCCUUCUACUUCUUCUACUACUUCUAUAAUACAUCAGAGGCACGGGGGCGAGAGCACGUGGUGCGCUCGCGCAGCCCGGUGGCCCCGAGACAGAGCGGCUCGGGGCUCCCACGUGAGGUAAGAUCGCUACUCGCGAGGGAGAGAUCUCCCCGGUGCAGGGACUUGGUGCGAUGGCGAGCCGUGAACCAGCUCAGCGGCCGUGACGUCACGCGCGCUAGUAUAAGUGCACGAGCGCUCGCGCGCCGGCACUCACUCGCAGAGCUGCGCGCACGCCGCGCACGCACCCCGCCGUGGACCGCCGUGGACCGUAGUGUGAAACACAAUUAUUACAGUGAUACAGACUACCUAAGUGUGACAAGAUGCCGAAAAACAUCCUCGCCGAGAUGGGCUCCCAGCCCAGAACUUAGCCACUUCGAUAGCACAAUUUAUGGCAUCCAUCAGAUCCUGCUGCGAACAGGUGGUGAUGGGCCAUGGACUGCACUGCUCCACACA